AUGUUAGGCACAGGUGUCAUGAAGCGGGGGACGCCUGUGCGCACCUACGACAACUCAUUUGUUGCCGAGGUGGGCGGACUCCCCUUGCAAGAGUUGAACAAUCUGGAGCUGGACUUCCUCAAGCGCCUGAACUUCAAGCUGAGCGUUUCAGAUAUCGAGCUCUAUGAGACCCUGAUGGCCAUCACCUCCCGUCAAGAGCAGCCCCAGGGGAGGCAGAGACCAUGUAGCUUUCGAGUCCUGAGAGCAUACGUCCAGCCAGCCUGGGUCAAUUAG